GUAGCCAAGUGUCAUUUUUUAAAUUUUCUUACAUGAAAAGGUAUACUUAAAUAUUUAUAAAAUGUGAGGGGGUAUACUCACUUCUGUUAUUUGCAUGUUCCAUAUUGUAACUGCUGAACAGCUCCAGGACUAGUGUAUGCCACAGGGUCAAUAAUUUUUUGAGGUACAUUAGUCUUAAGAAAUCAGUCUAAGAAUCUAUCCCAAGGUUACCUGCUAAAUCUUGUGUCUAAAAGCAGAUUUAAACUUAAGUCUCCCUGGUCCUAGUUCAGCAGAUUAACUACUAAUCUAUGCUUUCUUGAAUUUGGAAGAGAUUGUGUAACGUAAUAUGGCUAACAAAGCUAGAUUCAAGCUUUCAGAACAGACAAGUAUUUACCCUUACUAAGGAAAACAAUUCUUGAACAAUUGUAGAGCCUGCUAUUUAUUCCUGGCAAGGAAAUGUAGUAAUGUGGAAGAGGUGAUGGCUCUCAGAACUUUCCUUAUGAACUGAAAACAGCAACAGCUUGUGAAUUAUUUCCUUCCUGUUCUGUGUCCUUGCUCUUCUUUCAUGUCUCAAAGCAUCUGCUGAUUUUUAAUUCCAAAUGUUUCCUUACAUACAGCUUCUUCUAGACUGUCCUCUUUCAGCUAUCCUCUAUCAAAUAAUUCAAGAUGAUUAACGUAAGAUCCGUGAGAGUUUAUCAAGGAAGUAAUUGUGCAACCAGCUUUGGUCCAUGAUCAAUCACUCCAGUGUUUUUCUGACUGGGCAUUCAGUGAAAGGCUAAAAUUCAAAGAAUUCUACUGAUUAGAAAAGGUUGAUGACCUUUCUAUUGUGACCCAAAUAUAUAGAACCUCUCUUUCUCUUUUGUCCGCUAGUCUUUUCAUAGAGACUAAAUUGUUUUAGUGGUUAAGACACUACUCUAUAUACUAGGACACCCUGAGUUCUAAUCUUGUCUUAGACACAAAGCCAGACAGGUAACUUUGGGCCAGUCACUUCCCUCAGCCCUAAGAAGGAGACAGUGCCAAACCACGUCUGAAAUCUUGCCAGGAAAACUGCAGGGACUUUUCAAAACUGCUGACACCUGGAGUCAAGAUUGACUCAAAGGCAUGUGCACACACACACAAUCUUUUCAAAGGCAGGUCAAGAGUGGUAAUUCCAUAGGCUGCUAUUUCAGCAGAUCUGUACUGUGCAAAGUUGGGAAGGGCUAUAAAUAUAGAUUCAAACGAUUUCAAUUGAAAAAUUCUACUUGAUAAUUUUCUGGAAUUUUAAAUCUUCAGUACAAAAUCAGCAGUGCUCUUAACUUCUUGUUUUUCUAGUAGGACCAUGUUUCCGAAAAUAACUACAGAACUGCUGAAGCAGCUUCGGCAAGUGAUGAAAAAUUCCAAAUAUGUUUCUGAACCCAUUCAAGCCUAUAUUGUGCCUUCUGGAGAUGCUCAUCAGAGUGAAUACAUUGCACCCUGUGACUGCCGUAGAGAGUUCAUUUGUGGAUUUAAUGGUUCUGCAGGAACUGCCAUUAUAACAGAGCAAUAUGCCGCCAUGUGGACAGAUGGACGCUAUUUCCUUCAGGCAUCCCAACAAAUGGAUUCCAAUUGGACACUCAUGAAGAUGGGACUGAAAGACACCCCUACUCAAGAGGACUGGCUUGUAAGUGUACUUCCUCAAGGUUCCAAAGUUGGAGUGGAUCCUUCUAUUAUUCCUGCUGACCAGUGGAAGAGAAUGAACAAAGUUCUGAAAUGUGCUGGCCAUGUUCUUGUGCCAGUCAAAGACAAUUUGAUUGAUGCCAUAUGGGCAGAUCGGCAAUUACGACCUUGUAAGCCUCUGAUGACACUAGAUCUUAGCUUCACAGGAAUCAGUUGGAGAGAAAAAAUUACAGUUCUGCGGGGCAAAAUGACUGAGAGAAAGGCUCUCUGGUUUGUUGUCACAGCUUUGGAUGAUGUGGCUUGGCUUUUUAAUCUUAGAGGGUCUGAUGUGGAAUACAAUCCAGUAUUUUUUGCUUAUGCUAUCAUAGGGAUAGACACUAUCAGGUUGUUUAUUGAUGGUAAUCGCUUGGUAGACACAAAUGUGAGAGAACAUCUGUCCCUGGAUUCUGCUCAGGACCCUGAAUUGCAUGUACAAGUGCUGCCGUACGAUUCCAUCCUCAAUGUUCUGAAAUCAAUUUGUGAAACUCUCUCUCCACAUGAAAAAGUUUGGCUCAGUGAUAAAGCCAGCUAUGCUCUAACUCAGGCCAUUCCCAAGGAUCACUGCUACCUCACUCCUUACACUCCCAUCUGCAUAGCAAAAGCUGUAAAGAAUGUGGCGGAAGCUGAAGGCAUGAGGAAGGCUCAUAUUAAAGAUGCUGUUGCAUUGUGUGAGCUGUUUAAUUGGCUGGAGAAGGAGGUUCCCAAGGGCAACAUUACGGAAAUCAUAGCAGCAGAUAAAGCAGAGGAAUUUCGUAGGCAGCAAGAGAACUUUGUUGACUUGAGCUUUGCUACCAUUUCAAGUACAGGCCCAAAUGGUGCUAUCAUUCACUACAAGCCUUCUCCUGAAACAAAUAGAACUUUGUCAUUGAAUGAGAUCUAUCUCUUGGAUUCUGGUGCUCAAUACAAGGAUGGAACUACAGAUGUGACAAGGACUAUGCAUUUUGGUACCCCAUUGAUGUACGAAAAGGAGUGUUUUACCUAUGUCCUGAAGGGCCACAUAGCAGUCAGUGCAGCCAUAUUUCCCAAUGGAACCAAAGGUCAUCUCCUGGAUUCCUUUGCUCGCUCUGCAUUGUGGGAUCAUGGCUUAGAUUAUUUGCAUGGUACAGGUCAUGGAGUUGGUGCCUUCCUCAAUGUCCAUGAAGGUCCAUGUGGCAUUAGCUACAAAACAUUUGCAGAUGAACCUCUGGAAGCUGGAAUGAUUGUUUCUGAUGAACCUGGUUAUUAUGAAGAUGGCUCCUUUGGGAUCCGGAUUGAAAAUGUUGUCAUUGUUGUUCCAGCUAAAACAAAGUAUAACUUCAGCAACAGAGGAAGUUUGACGUUUGAACCAUUGACCCUAGUCCCAAUCCAAACAAAAAUGAUACUUGUUCACUUACUGACUCAAAGAGAGUGUGACUGGCUGAAUGACUACCACAGAAAAUGCAGAGAAGUGAUUGGACCAGAACUUGAACGACAAGGAAGGCAUGAAGCCCUUCAGUGGCUCAUUAGAGAAACAGAGCCAAUCUCUCAAAGACACUAACGGCAUAUUUCGAUUUAUGGAUGUAAUUCCUUUUUAAAAAUACAUGUUCAGGACUGCUUUGGCUUUACAAUAAUGAUUUGGGGAAAGGCAUGAAUUUUUUAAAAGAAUAAUAAUCAAGACAAAUAGAAGAGGAAUAAUGGGAAAGAUAGAGGGUGAAAGACUUUAUUCCCCUGUGAUGUUCUCUCUGUUUUCUUUCUUUUUGAUAACGAACAAAAUUAAAUUCAGAGCUGUGAAAUCUGUGUCUUAAAACAAUGAGAUGGUUUAGUGGGAAAGAACACAUGGCGGUGAAACUAAUCUCUGGAUCAGAUUGAUCAAUCUGCUUGUAUAAACAAUGAAAAUAAGAAAACUUGCUAUAAUGUGAAUGGCAAUUUUGGUGGCAAUUUUCUCAAAUGUUAAGGAAGAAUGGUAUUGCAUCAGAGGUACACAUAUCUGCUAAAAUUAGUGCCUGCAUAGGUUUAGGUUUCUUGAAAAAUAGAAUUUCUCAUAACUGUUCCUGAGAUAUUUUAGCAUCUGGCUUUGCUGUAUCUCACACUUCAGAAAGGCAACUAGUCACUGCAUAUUUAUCCUUCAGUAAAGGAAGUGCCAAGCAAUACACUGCAUUUCUGGAGCAUUGAUCACAGAUCAUAAACCAUCCAGUGCAUGCAGGCUGUAUCCCUAUGCCUGUCUUCUCUGAACUAAGUCCAUUGCAUUCAGGUUUUUUUUUAAUUGCAAGACUCUUAGGACUGCAGCCUCAGCAGAAUAUGUCUUGAUAGCCUCAUGCCAUCUCAACUAACUCAGCAAUUUAUUUUCAGCAGAUACAAAUAAUAAAUGGAGCAAUCUGCUAUUGAGUAAUGCCAAUUGGGGAUAGGGUGGUAUUUCCAACCCCCACUUUUUUCUUAGUACAUUAAAAAUUCUAAUACUCUUUUUGAACACAGAUAACAAUAUCCACCUUGCUGAAGCAUGCAAUAGAACACAACGGAAUUUUCUCAUAAGUAUGUAUUUGGGUUCCAAAUGUGUGUAAUUAGUAAACAUAGUAUAAACAAAUGUAAGGAUCUUUUGAA